CGAGGGCGUCCCGGGGGCGGGGCGGAAGCCGCGUCUUAGGCUCUGUGACGCGCCACCGUCGCGCUGCUGUGCUGUCGACGACGCGUGUCCCCGGCCGGCGUCGGAAGCCCCGCCAGGAGUUAUUGGAUCCUCUGAACACCAUCCCUGCAUCUCAGAUUAAAAAUCUGUAUUCUCAUCUGAACUGUGGGAAGAAAGGAUAGUUGGUGGGUGGUAUUCCUACUUGAAGGACACGAUGUUUUCCAGACUAGCUCAUCUGCAGACCAUUGCUGUGCUUCGUCGUGGAGUUCAUUCCUCAGUGGCUUCUGCUACGUCUGUUGCGACUAAAAAGACAAUCCAAGGCCCUCCAUCUUCCGAUUACAUUUUUGAGCGAGAAUCUAAAUAUGGUGCACACAACUACCAUCCUUUACCUGUAGCCCUGGAGAGAGGAAAAGGUAUUUAUGUAUGGGAUGUAGAAGGCAGAAAAUACUUUGACUUCCUGAGUGCUUACAGUGCUGUCAACCAAGGGCAUUGCCAUCCAAAGAUUGUGAAUGCUCUGAAAAGUCAAGCAGACAAACUGACUUUAACAUCCAGGGCUUUCUAUAAUAAUGUGCUUGGUGAAUAUGAAGAGUAUAUUACUAAACUUUUCAACUACCACAAAGUUCUUCCUAUGAAUACAGGAGUGGAGGCUGGAGAGACCGCUUGCAAACUUGCUCGUAGGUGGGGAUACACCGUUAAGGGUAUUCCAAAGUACAAAGCAAAGAUUGUUUUUGCAGCUGGAAACUUCUGGGGGAGAACAUUGUCGGCUAUCUCCAGUUCCACAGACCCAAGCAGCUAUGAUGGUUUUGGACCAUUUAUGCCAGGUUUUGAAAUCAUUCCAUAUAAUGAUCUGCCUGCUCUUGAGCGUGUUCUUCAGGAUCCAAACGUUGCUGCGUUCAUGGUAGAACCAAUUCAGGGUGAGGCGGGCGUCGUCGUUCCAGAUCCUGGUUACCUGAUGGGCGUGCGAGAGCUGUGCACCCGGCACCAGGUUCUGUUUAUUGCUGAUGAGAUACAGACAGGAUUGGCCAGAACUGGAAGGUGGCUGGCUGUGGAUCAUGAAGGGGUCAGACCUGAUGUGGUUCUUCUGGGAAAGGCGCUUUCCGGUGGCUUGUACCCUGUGUCGGCCGUGUUGUGUGACGAUGAAGUAAUGCUGACCAUUAAGCCGGGGGAGCACGGGUCCACGUACGGAGGCAACCCACUGGGCUGCCGAGUGGCCAUUGCGGCCCUGGAGGUUUUGGAAGAAGAAAACCUUGCCGAAAAUGCAGAGAAGAUGGGUAAUAUCCUGAGGAAUGAGCUCAUGAAGCUGCCGUCUGACAUCGUCACAGCCGUCAGGGGGAAAGGAUUGCUAAAUGCUAUUGUUAUUCGGGAAACCAAAGAUUAUGAUGCUUGGAAGGUGUGUCUACGGCUUCGAGAUAAUGGACUCCUGGCCAAGCCGACCCACGGCGACAUCAUCAGGUUUGCCCCACCGCUUGUGAUCAAGGAGGAUGAGGUUCAGGAGUCGGUGGAAAUCAUUAACAAGACCAUCCUGUCUUUCUGAGGGGAGGGGCUGUUUCCAGUGGUGCCCGGAGCCAGCUGGAGCCAGCAGUUUGUGUGAGCUCUGUCACAUUCCUGUACCUCACAGAGGCACAUGCCACUCCCCGGUGUCUUCACGGACUUUUUUUUAAUAUACAUUUUUUUUUUUUCAGUUCGUGCAUAAUAGAAGGGCAUUUAUAAACACUCGGUGUGCUGUGUAAUGCGACUGUAAGAGAAUGGAAUGGCAUCUCUGUACAAUCAA